GAUAGAUGUUUUUCACUACACACCACCAAAAAUCAAAAAAUUCUUUAAAAAAAAGAGAACACCACUAGAUUUAUAAGCUGAAAGUUAGAUUGGAUGGUUGUGAUGAUUUCUGGCUGAGCAUCAUGGGUUCUGGGACUGUUCACAUGAUGCUCAACAUGUUCAUCAUAUUCAUGCUCUUUUUAUCAUUGCAAAGUACCAGUGUUUUGAUUGCUGAUGCUUCUUUGGAUGCAGCAGAGGAGUUCAGCAAACUCCAUGGCCUACAACAAUUCUAUUUCAUGGAGGAAAGGGGAAGGAACCAAAACAGCAUUCAGAAAGUUUCUGGGGAAGAUGAGAAUGAACAGAAAGCAUCUUUGAUUUUGCAGAAGUUUAGAGGUUUACUUGGAAUUAAGAGGUUCAGAAGGACUCCACCAAGUUGGGAUGCAGAACCUGUGUCACCAUCUCCUUCUCCAUCACCCAGCAUUGCAGUUGAAACUCCAUCUCCGGCUCCUGCUCCAGCAAUGCCAUUUCCUGCACAUGCCCAUCCUCACUCACCUCGUUCGAGCCCCCAUCACCACAAAAUCCAGAAGCAAAGUACAGAAAAAGGAAGAGUUAGAAGAGUCCUAGUACCUGUCAUUGUGUCUGCAGGAGCUGCUUUUAUAGCUUGUGCUCUAGGACUCCUCUGCAUAUGCCGUAAAUUUAGGAGGAAUAGACAGAAAUCUGCUAAAACAAUGUCACAGUACAGCAAAAAGGGAAGAAUCAGAUUCAGAGGCAAAUCAAAGCACAAGAGUUCCCAGAAUUCAUCGAGCAAGGUGAGCUUGAAUCCCAGUGUUGAUCUCUUUUAUCUCCGUUCAUUAGGAGUGGAUUUAGAGCAGCAAACUACAUGCUAUGAACAAACUACUGAAAUCGUUAACGCAUCAUCAUCAUCAUCAAACCUUAGCCCUCCAGGAUAUACAUUACAUGAAGGAGAGGGAUCAAAGAAACAACUGAUUACAGCAGAAUCUGACAUUGCUAGUAGUUCUUCCACAAAAGAAAUAAUGUCGGUUCAUGAGGAUGUAGAAUCAAUACGAUGUGAAUCUGAUGGUGGUAAUUUCUCAUCUGAUAACAAAAUCAUUCCCAUUGAAUGCCAUUCAUCUGAUGAUGAAUCUUUCCAUUCAUUUGGUGAUUCCAAUUCUUCACAAGUCCGGCUUUCCAAUGCUUCAGCUGGUAGUCUUAGUGAUGCAACAGAAAAUCCUUCAAAUACUGUUCCAAAGGUAUCCACAACUCCUUUGCAUUCUUCAGCUUGUUCACCAAUGCCACAAGCAACACCAGAACACAUCUCAGUUCAUUGUUACCCUGAUUGUCAAAACAAUUUCAGGUCACCACCGCCUCCCCCAACACCUCCGCCUCCACCUCCUCUGCCUCCAAAUAUGCAUAGAUCUCCCUUGUUUUCUUCUUCUUCUUCCUCACCACAGCAAAGUUUAACACCCUCUAGGAAGCCAGAUUCCUUGUUAGGUUCAAACAUAAACCAAGCUCAACAAAGUGACUCACCACCUUCACCUCAAAUACCUUCAGGACCUACCCUAAGUCCUAGAAUUCCACCACCACCAUGCCCACCUUCGUUUCUGAAAAGGAAUGACAACUCCGUAAAAGGGCCACCUCCUCCACCAUCCCAAUUUCCACCCUAUGCAGCAGUGGGGAAAGAUGGAGCUCCAUUGCCAAAAUUGAAGCCACUUCACUGGGACAAAGUGAGAGCUGCACCAGACCGAUCCAUGGUAUGGGACAAGCUGAGAUCAAGCUCAUUUGAAUUAGACGAGGAAAUGAUCGAGUCACUUUUUGGAUACAAUAUACAAAAUUCAACGAAGAAUGAUGAAUCACAGAGCAAAACACCUUCUCCGAGCAAGCAACUACUUGAGCCAAAGAGGCUGCAGAACAUAACCAUACUCUUGAAAGCCUUGAAUGCCACAGCUGAGAAAGUAUGUGACGCAUUGAUGCAAGGUGAUGGGUUGGUUUUACAACAACUAGAGGCAUUAGUGAAGAUGGUACCCACCAAGGAAGAAGAGGCUAAGCUCUCCAGCUAUAAAGGAAACAUCAACGAAUUGGGGUCUGCUGAGAAGUUUGUCAAAGUACUUCUUGGCAUUCCAUUUGCCUUCCUACGUGCCGAAGCCAUGCUCUACCGAGAAACUUUUGAAGAUGAGGUUGUUCAUCUCAAGAACUCUUUCUCAAUGCUAGAGGAAGCCUGCAAAGAACUGAGAUCAAGCAGGUUAUUCUUGAAAUUACUUGAAGCAGUUCUAAAAACAGGAAACAGGAUGAAUGUUGGAACAAUCAGAGGAGGUGCUAGAGCAUUCAAGCUUGAUGCACUCCUUAAGCUAUCUGAUGUAAAAGGAACUGACGGAAAAACGACCUUACUCCAUUUUGUUGUUCAAGAGAUAAUUCGCACAGAAGGAAUAAGAGUGUCUGACAGCAUCAUGGGGAAAAUCAACCAGAAAAACAAAGCCAAAACAGUUGAAGAAAAAGAAGAAGAUUACCGGCGUAUGGGGUUGGAUCUCGUCUCUGGCUUAACCACCGAACUCUACCAUGUCAAGAAGACGGCUACACUUGACCUGGACGUUCUUGCAAGCUCUGUCUCCAACCUGUAUGAUGGAAUGUCUAAACUAAAACACCUUGUACAGCAGGAGUUAUCUGCAGAUGAUGAAAAGGGAAUGAACUUCAUUAACUCCAUGAAUUCAUUCAUGAACCAUGCAGAGAAGAACUUGAAGGGGCUCAAAGAAGAUGAGGACAGAGUCCUACUCCAUGUCAGAGAAAUCACAGAGUACUUUCAUGGAAAUGUGAGCAAAGAUGAAGCUAACCCACUACGAAUAUUCGUGAUCGUCAGAGACUUUCUGGGUAUGUUGGAUCAGGUCUGCAAGGAGCUCAGGAGCUCAAGAGUGCCCAGCAACCCUAACCCUUUAGCCCCAUUCCGAUGAACAUUAAUUAGGUUUAUUGUGUGUUCAUAAAUAUUUCCCACCAUCAUCAAGACUGUAACUUGAAUUUGAACUUUAUGUAGAGAUUUUUGGAAGGUUUAGACUGAACUAUUCUGAGUACUCAGGAUCAUUUAAGUUCAGAUACAAUCAGAUUGAAU